GUCCCUUAGCCCUAAGCAGCCCAAUGUCCAAAACACACACUUUUUUAUCGCCGGCGCUCAAAAUCGGAAUUCUUGCCUUCACACGACAACUUCCGUCUACCACAUACAAAUUACAAUACCCGACACUUGCCCUUAAACAACCUGCCUUCAAAAGUAAGAAGAUAUGGGGGGCAAGACUGCAAACAAGGCCGGCUACUUCGAUAAGCUCAAGGGCUUGUUGGAGGAGUACAGCUCCAUCUUCAUCGUCCAGAUCGACAAUGUCAGCUCUCAGCAGAUGCACGAGAUCCGACAGGCUCUGCGAUCCAAGGGUGUUGUCCUGAUGGGCAAGAACACCAUGGUUCGCCGAGCCUUGAAGACCUUCGUUUCCGACUCCCCCGAGUACGAGCGUCUCCUGCCUUUCGUCAAGGGCAACGUCGGUUUCGUUUUCACCAACGAUGACCUCAAGGACAUCCGAGACAUCAUCCUCACCAACAAGGUCGCCGCCCCCGCCCGUGCUGGUGCUCUCGCUCCCGCCGACGUCUGGGUUCCCGCUGGAAACACUGGUAUGGAGCCCGGCAAGACCUCUUUCUUCCAGGCCCUCGGUGUCCCCACCAAGAUCGCCCGUGGUACCAUUGAAAUCACCACCGAUCUCAAGCUCGUUGAGGCUGGCUCCAAGGUCGGCCCCUCCGAGGCUACCCUGCUCAACAUGUUGAACAUCUCUCCCUUCACCUACGGUAUGGGCAUCUCCCAGGUCUACGACCAGGGCCAGACCUUCCCUCCCAGCGUUCUCGACAUUGGUGAGGAGCAGCUCCUCAAGGCUUUGACCUCUGCCAUCGCCACUGUUGCCACCAUCUCCCUGGCUAUCAACUUCCCCACCCUUCCCUCCGUCAUGCACUCUCUUGUCAACUCUUACAAGAACGUUCUGGCUGUUGCCGUGGAGACUGAGAUUACCUGGCCCGAGAUUGAGCAGCUCAAGGACCGCAUUGCCAACCCCGACGCCUACGCUGCUGCCGCCCCUGCUGCCGGUGCCGCUUCCGGCGGUGCCACUGAGGCCGCUGCCGUUGAGGAGGAGAAGGAGGACUCCGAGGAGGAGGACGAUGAGGGCUUCGGCGGUCUCUUCGACUAAAUUAUGUAGCCACGUUACGACGGUGAACGGCCGGUUUUCAGGACUUUGGUUGGGUUUACGAAUCAUGGAUCUAAAAAAAACGGGUACAUAUAUCGUCUGCUGGACAAUUAAACCUGUCACGACGGUCACAACAUUGCGUGCCCCAUUCUGUGAGAGGAUCCCUGAAACGUGUUCAAUGAACCAAUCACCUCCCCUACUCCAAAGGUUAGUCCAACCACAUGUUUUCGUUAUUUCCGGAUGAUUAUACAAACGUUCAAGAGCUUUUUAACCCUGAUAUCUCCUGAUGACACACACAUCACCACCCUAUGACGGAUAUUCUUAAAAUCAUAUGUUUGAAAUUGCUUUGGAGGGGUAUCAAGGCUAACA